AAACGCUGUGUCCGAGUCGUCAGUCAAAUUAAUGCGAUCCAAUUGCAACCAACUCAUCAAGUUCAUAGGUAUCAAGUACGGAAGACCCAUUGCCGCCAUGACGCUCCCCUUCCCUGUCCCGCCGGGCCUCUUGGCCCCGGAGUUCAAAAUGCUACCCAUCACGGACCCGAAUGAUGCCGAGCAGGUCGCCGAGGUCUACUACGCCGCCUUCCAGACCGACCCAGGUAACACGUACUGGUGGUCCGCCGACACGUCCGCCAUGAUGGAAUGGAUGAUUCGCCGCAUCCGCCGCAAGAUUGCCGACCCGUCUGUGCGCCACUUCAAGAUCGUCGACACCCAGUCGGGUGGUAAUGAGAUGGUCGCUUUUGCACGGUGGGACGUGCCAAAGGGGUCGGUUGCAUUCGGGGAAUGGGCGGGCGCUGCUGCUGGUGGGGUGGAGGUUAACGGCAUGAAGGAGGUGGAUGCAACGGAGCCGGUGGGGGGCCUGGAGGAGGCGGUUGCUAAACAGAAACCCGUGACAGGUGCUACCGAGGCACCGCCGCCGCCUGACGCUUCUCCCGCUACGCUCGACGUCCCUCGUGGCGCCGACCUGGAGCUCUGCCGUGGGUUCUUCGACGGGCUGAGCCGGAUGUCUGAUAAGUGGAUGGCCGACGACAUGUUGGGCCUAUCACUUAUCGCGACGUCGACAAAGUAUUUCAAGAAGGGCGCAGCCAAAGCGCUGAUACUUACCAUGCUGAACAUGGCCGACACACAAGGCCACCGGACCUAUCUCGAAGCUACGCCUGCUGGCAAGCCGAUUUAUGAAAAAUACGGCUUCCGGGAGGUCGACAGGCUCGAGUUCAACCUGGAUGAACUGACCAAGGACCGCCAUGGCGUCUACAAACUAUGUAUCAUGAUUCGGGAGCCGGUGAAACGAUAACUACCUGACCAACUCACAGCCAAAGGAAUUGAAUUCGGGGACGCCAGGAGCUCCACCCCGAGUUUGCCUGUUCGAUCUUGCGACAUCGAAAUUUAGGCAAAUGCGGCUGUCGACGCCGUGAGGGCUGGGCAGAUCAGAUGGUGCGCAGAAGCAAGGUCUUCUCAUAAAGCACCCUAGUCCGCCGCAGAUAGGUUUUCCAUGAAACCCACAGCCUUUAAUACCUAUCAACCUGACUUAGAAACCCUCUUCCAGUACUUUUACAAAACAGGCUCGACUGUAUAUCGAGAUUCAUGUAUUCUAUAAGAUUGGUACAUUCCCUGAUGAAAUUUGAUCAGAACUCAAUUUGAAGCA